CCUCCUCUCACCACAGCUGAAACAAUGACAUGUUGGAGAGUGUGUCUUUGUAUCUGUGAAGAAUUGUUUUCAAGGGAUCCACGGCUCUGUUGAAUGUGAUAAUUGAGUUGGAUGUACUGUACUUUGUGUGUGUGUGUGUGUGUGUGUGUUUCGGGGGAUUGACACGUUUUACAAUCGGACAACACUGGCUAAUGUACAAAUCUUCUGAGGAUACAGUAAUCUUUUCAAGCGGACGCCUGCUGCACGAGCCGAGCCGGCUGGGAUCGUCAUCGCUGCAGUGCCUCUCGGAAGCGUGGGGCCUGGCACAGUCGGCUCUUAUCCUGCUUCACUGGCUUCAGCUGAGCCGCAGUCUGCUGUGUGAGAACCUCAGACUCUGGAUCGCCGGGAAGCUGUCUUAAAGCAACGCUUAAUCUGGAUGUUAUGGCAGCUGGACUGAAUCCCAAGAUCUAUACCUUGCCAAGAUAAGCUGGAUUUCCAUGGUGCGGACGUGUUUCUUGAACCCGGACCCUUUCUGAUGUCGUUUCCUGCGACUCGACCCGCUGGGAUUUCUCUUCCUUGUUGAUUUGAUUGUUGGGAUUUAUACAGGACAGUUGGUUAGUUGGGGUUGACAAAUGCUCCCUGCUCUCCCAUGGCAUGCUGUUUAAAGUCCCACCAUCAUGCAAGCUGGACACUUAACGCCCCUCUUCCAGAUGAUGAAGCUGAGCAGCACCACGGCACAAUGGUGGGAGAGGGGGGCAGCACGGGGGACAGCACCCCUCCCCCAAAGCGUAAGGGCAAGUUCUCUACCCUUGGCAAGAUCUUCAAGCCGUGGAAAUGGCGGAAGAAGAAAAGCAGCGACAAGUUCAAGGAAACUUCGGAAGAGCUGGAGAGAAAGAUGUCGACGAGGCGCACGCGGCAGGAGCUCAUAGAGCAGGGCGUGCUGAAAGAUGUCCCGGACAACGGCACAGACACACACAACCUGAAGCAGCCCUAUGUGAAGAACGGUCACACUCUCCCUGUGAGCGCAGGGGUUGGAGGUGGAGGUGCAGGAGUCGUCAGCAGCGCCAGGAGCCCGUGCAGCCAGGGCAAACUCCCCCCUGAGUCAGACUUUAGGAUGAACCAGGCCUGGCUCGCCCAGCCGGACGACCGCAGGGGCCGCCCUCCCUCCUCGGACGGAGAUCGCCGGGGAGCUCCAUGUUCGAGGGGUACAGGACUGCAUGAGGACCUGCGUAGAGGUGGAGGGAUGGGUCCACGUGUGCACGUUGAGGGCGAGUGGAAGCCUAACUUGGUCUGGCAGGGACAGAUUCACGGCCAGAUGGAGGAGUGCCGACGUGGAGGCCGACUUCACCCCGAGGACGGUCAGAGGAGGCCUGGGCUGCAGAAAGCCCCGUCGGAGGAUGGCAGGCGGAGCAGGCCUGUGGAAACGGACUGGAAACCGGCUCUUCCUCGACAUGCAUCAGCUGAGGAGGGAAGGGCCCACAGAGAGUCAGACAGCCACUUUGUUCCUGACGCUGAAGCCCUGCGGAACACCCUGCGUGAACCUCUUCCACCCAAACAGCCCGUCAUGGCUCCAAAGUGGCUGAUGAGCUCCGCCCCUGAACCCGACAGCGAGGGGUCGCCCCGCACCCCGUGCAACCACCCCGCGUCCCAGUACUCCUCUCCCUCCGGCCCCCCGCCUGCUGCACCCAAGCCCGUGCGGUGCGUCACCUCUGCCGGUGUGUCCACUCAGCAGUCUGGGGCCCCAACCUCCACCUCUCAGGUCACCAAGCAGCCGCCACUGCCUCCGCCCAAGCCGGUGAACAGGAACAACACCGCCAUGAUGGUCUCCGCCCUGCAGGGGGGAGAGAACGCUCAGCUUCCCCUCUACUGGUCCUGCUGGAAGCGAGAGUGCGACUAUGACGUCUACCUGUCCCUGCCCGUCUACCUGUGCCGACGGGCCGGAGGCCUGCGCUCAGGUGACUUCACUCAAGCCACUGGGGGCACCAGUCUUGUGCCGGCCAAGCCGUCUCCGCCCAUGCCCCCCAAGAGGACCACCCCCGUCACCAAACGCACCCCAGAGGACUCUUCUGCUUCAAGCCAUCCCAUCAUCCCCUCACCUCUCUCUCUUGACGACCACAGCAGCCUCUCUGUGGGCUUUCAGCUCCCUCCGCCACCUCCUUCCCCUCCCCUCCCAACUCACAUCCCACCCUCUCCGCCCCGCCAACACAUCCACUCCCACCACCUCCACCAUCAGCACUCCUACCCCCACCCGCUGCCCCAACCCAUACCCAUGCUGUUCGACCCGCCGAGUCCGAUCGAGUCUCCCCAGCGGCCGGCUCCCAUCCCGCUGCACAUCAUGAUCCAGCGAGCCUUGUCCAGUCCCGGCCCGGCUCAGCCGCAUCCAGACGGGUCACAGCGUGCGCACGCGCUGCUUUUUGAAACCCCUCCAGAGUACCAAGGAGGAGGUCGCCCCUUGCCCGUCAGCAUCCAACCACUAAAGCUAUCUGAAGAUGAUUACUCAGAUGAGGAAGAGUUGGAGGAGGAAGAUGAUGAAGAAGAGGAAGAAUACGAUGGGGAGAUUCCCCAGCCGGAGCUGGAGCCGCGGAGUCGGCGAUGCUUGGUCGGUGAUGCUGGGGUUGGUGGUAUCCCAGGAGGAAACAGCAGUGAAGAAGAGGAAGAAGACGAAGAAGAGGAGGAGGAUGAAGAGUAUGACAGGCACAGACAGGACAGCGACUCUGACGGUCCUGUGCUUCAUAAAGAUGAAGACUCGGAUGAGGACGACGAAGACGAGCCUCCUAUAAGUGCCCUCGCCAGCAGAGUGAAGAGGAGGGACACCCUGGCUCUGAAGCUGAGCAACCGUCCCUCUGCUCCAAACAGGGAGCGGUUUAUACAGGAGAGGAGCUGCAGAGACGACAAGCCCCCAGGACAGGCCGGCCUCACCUGGCAGAGCAGGGAGCAGUGGGAAGCCAUACGCGCACAGAUCGGCACUGCACUCACAAGACGACUGAGCCAGAGACCCUCAGCUGAGGAGCUGGAGCAAAGAAACAUCCUUCAGCCCAAAAACCAUGCUGACAGACAAGCGGAGGUUCGCGAGAUCAAGCGGCGGUUGACCAGGAAGCUGAGUCAAAGACCCACAGUCGCAGAACUACAGGCGAGAAAAAUCCUGCGGUUUCACGAGUACGUGGAAGUCACAGACGCCCAAGACUACGACCGGAGAGCAGAGAAGCCGUGGACGAAGCUGACGCCUGCUGACAAGGCGGCGAUCCGGAAGGAGCUCAACGAUUAUAAGAGCACUGAAAUGGAGGUUCAUGAAGAGAGCAGAAUUUACACGAGGUUUCAUCGGCCUUAGCGUCUCCCCCCCUCUCUUUGUGGAUGAUGAAGCACUUACGAGCUCAGUGGCAGGAGGCUGCUCCCUAUGGAGACCGACGGCCCUUUACGUUUCCUGAAUGUACUGUACAGAUAAUCAGGGAAAGCCUGGAGCUGACUCUGAGCAAGAAUGCUUGGCGCUUGCCCUCCAUCGCCCUCUCACUACAUUGCUUUUUCACUAAACCGAGGUGGUGGAGGGCGCCGGGCCAGAUGCAGUAUUUCUCCCAGACGACAGGGGGAACCACGUGCCAAUGAGGCGGCGAAGUGGCGGCGGACCUACAGGGCUUACUCUCACUCUGCUGUUCUGUGGUACCCCUCAGGGACUCGGAGCUAGUUACAACCUUUAACGCGGCCUCAUUCUGUGUUGCCUUUUUUUCUCCUUUACCGCAUAUGGAAAAGCUAAUUCAUCUUGUUAAUGUAAUAACAUACAAUAAUAACAGUAAUAAUAAAUGAUGACGACUUAUAAUUCUCCACACAGUAAUAAUAGACAAUAGAGAGACGAAAGGCGGCAGCGUGCGCAGGCUGGAGGAUGAAGACUGGGAGAUUCUGUUGUAGGACUGGACAUCUCUGGGAUAUUGUAUGUGUUUUAUAUUAACUGUGUACAGACUGCUAUUGUGAUACCUUAGAAUGAAACCUGGAGAGAUCUAAUUACAAAAAUAAUCUGUAAUGCACAAGAUAUUUUAUAUUGUAAUUUGGAUCACAUGAGUAGUGACAGCUUUUAUUUGAGCCUUUUUUUUAUUUGGCUUGCCUGUAUUUAUGGUUGUGACGUGAGGUGGCCAUUUAAGCGUCAGUUUAGUUUUAGAAAAAGUUGCGGAUCGGGAGCCUGUUCUGUUUUUUGUUUUUGUUUUUUGUUCGUGCCAAUCUACCCAAUGCCCAAAGGACUAUAGGAUGCUGGUUUUCAUAUCACUUGAUUUCUGCAAUCCACUGCAUGAGCCAACGCCGAAUCCAGCGCCACUGGAUCUGGAUGAUCUCUCUUCAUUUAUACGUUUUUUAAUGAGUUUUUGUACUUCCCUUUAAAGAUCAACAAACAUGCAAUGCAUUCUGUAGCCAUUCUGAAUAAGGUCAUGCUAGUAGUGUCUAUACUAAGAGUUUAAAUGUAAGUUGCUGUGAGUGUAGAUCAGGGAUUUAUCAAAAAAUCUGAAAAUGUAUAAACGGUCAACAGGGAGUCACUUUGGCUGGAGCCUUCUGGAAACGCAGAAGUGUUUUUAUCUGGUAUUGCCGUCUGGCCAGUAGCUUACAGGGUUCUCUAUGCUGUGUACAGGUUGAUAUACCAUAGGUUUAACUGAUGCUUGUGUAUAUCUUGUCUUCCUUUUAAUUUGAAAAGAAAUUUUAAAUAUAACAGUUAUUAUAGGUUGCUAUUUUUUUAAGCACAGAAUAUUAGUUAAUGAUUAAAUGCAACAAGAAUGGGAAUAUGAAAGUGUACCUUUUCUGUAAAACUAAGGUCAUUUUUUGAAUUGAAUGUGGAAUUGUAUGGACAGACAGGUUUUUUUCUUUUUAAUUGUAAAUAGCUGCCUAUGGAUCUAAUUAAAACUCUUGCAAUUCCUUGAA